AUGAGAGCUGUUGUUAGAUCCCAUCUUCUUCUUCUUGCUUUUUUAAGUUUCUUUCCUUCCUCAAAGUCUGUGGAUGGGGAUGAAUACAGUGAGACGCAAAACCCCGCCGUCCUUCCCAAAGUUACAGGCCUCAUCCACCAACGCAUUUCCAAUCUUACCACGUUUUUAAUCAAAGAUAUCGGCAACGAUUUGAGCUUCUGCAUAAGGAACGCGGAUGAGGAUUUGAAUGGGGCAUUUAAUUUUUCAAAAAAUAUGGAUUUCAUUACCAAUUGUAUCAAGAAAACAAAAGGAGAUGUCACCCAGAGACUAUGUACAGCAGCAGAAAUAAAGUUUUACUUCUAUAGUUUAUUUUCAAAGGGGUCCAAAACCGGUUACGUGAAAGUUAAUAAGAACUGCAAUUUGAAAUCCUGGGUUGACGGAUGUGAACCGGGAUGGGGUUGUUUUGUUGACCCGAACCAGGACUUCGAACUAAAAGAUGAAAAACACAUGCCUUCCAGGACCACAGAUUGUCAACCUUGUUGUGAAGGAUUUUUUUGCCCUAGGGGCCUUGCUUGCAUGAUACCAUGCCCUUUAGGUUCUUAUUGUCCGCUUGCAUCGCUGAAUAAAUCUACCGGAGUUUGUGACCCAUAUAAUUACCAAAUUCCCCCUGGAAAGCCGAACCACAGUUGCGGCACUGCUGAUAUUUGGGCCGAUGUUGGGAGUAGUACUUCGAUGUUCUGUUCACCAGGAUCAUACUGCCCUAAUACCCUUAACAAAAUUUCUUGCAGUCAGGGGCAUUACUGCAGAAAGGGUUCAACCACCCAAAUUUCUUGCUUCGAAUUAACUAGCUGCAAUCCAAAUACGUCGAACCAGAACAUUCACGGUUAUGGCGUCAUGCUUUUCGUUGGACUCUGUCUUCUGCUGCUUAUUAUUUAUAAUUUCUCCGAUCAAGUUAUUAGUACUAAAGAAAGAAGAAAGGCCAAGUCUCGAGAAGCAGCGGCAAAGCAUGUGCGUGAAACUGCACAAGCAAGGCAAAGGUGGAAAGCAGCAAAAGAUGUUGCGAAGAAGGGAGGUUCACAGCUUUCAAAGACAUUUUCUCGAACAAGAUCACAGAGGCGACCUGAACAGACGAAGACAUCGGGUGCAAGUAAAUCUACUGAACCUGAGUUGCCAGAGCAAGUACCUAGAGAUUCAAAAGACAAGAAAAAGGAACCAGGCGACCUCACAAAGAUGACGCAUUCCCUUGAACAUGAUGAUUCCAAAAGUAACGAGGGUAUUGAUGUGCAUAUUGGAGGGGAAAAUGUGAAAAAACAAGCACCAAAGGGUAAACACUUGCAUACUCAAAGUCAAAUUUUCAAGUAUGCCUAUGGUCAAAUUGAGAAGGAAAAAGCACAACAGAACCAGGCCCAGAAUCUGACCUUCUCAGGAAUAAUUUCAAUGGCUACGAAUAGCAAUAUCCGAACCAGGCCUAUGAUUGAGAUUCAUUUUAAGGAUCUAACCCUCACUUUGAAGAAGAACAACAAACAUCUUCUCAGGUGUGUCACCGGGAAACUCAGUCCUGGCCGUGUAUCCGCAGUUAUGGGCCCAUCAGGAGCUGGGAAAACUACUUUUCUCUCUGCUUUGACGGGGAAAACUGCUGCUGGAUGCGCUGUUACAGGCCAGAUUCUUGUGAAUGGAAAAAACGAACCUAUCCAAGCAUAUAGGAAAAUUAUUGGAUAUGUGCCUCAAGAUGAUAUAGUGCAUGGAAACUUGACAGUAGAAGAGAACCUUCGAUUCAGUGCAAGGUGCAGACUAUCUGCGGACCUGCCAAAACCCGAUAAAGUUUUGAUUAUCGAAAGGGUGAUCGAGUCCUUGGGACUACAGCCAGUAAGAGAUUCACUUGUUGGGACAGUGGAGAAGAGAGGGAUCUCCGGAGGCCAGAGAAAACGUGUGAAUGUUGGACUAGAGAUGGUUAUGGAACCUUCUUUAUUGAUCUUGGAUGAACCUACUACUGGUUUAGACAGUUCCUCAUCACAGUUGCUCCUUCGAGCUCUUCGACGUGAAGCUCUUGAAGGAGUAAACAUCUGCAUGGUACUUCACCAACCAAGCUAUGCCUUGUUCAAGAUGUUUGAUGAUUUAAUACUUCUAGCCAAAGGUGGUCUGAUUGCAUAUCUUGGACCUGUGAAGAAGCUUGAAGAAUACUUUUCCAGCAUAGGGAUCGACAUACCUGACCGUGUCAAUCCUCCGGACCACUUAAUCGACAUUCUGGAAGGGAUUGACAAGCCAGCAUCAAUUACCCGUGAGCAGCUUCCUGUCCGAUGGAUGCUAUACAAUGGCUACCCCAUACCCGUAGAUAUGCUCGAUUUGACUGAAGGACUUGCCACACCCUAUGGUUCAAAUUCAAAUACUUCUGAUGGUGCUUCUAGUGAACAAUCAUUUUCCUCAGACAUGCCUGACGAUUCAAAGAGUAGUGUCCUGAAAUCUAAAGACUUAUCAAACAGAAAAACACCGGGUAUAUUUCGCCAGUACAGAUACUUCCUUGGCAGGGUUCUGAAACAGAGACUACGAGAAGGUCAGAUGCAAGCCGUGGAUUUAAUGAUCCUAAUACUUGCUGGAGCCUCCUUAGGAACACUUGCCAAAGUCACGGAUGAAACACUGGAUAACGCUGGCUACACAUAUUCAGUCAUUGCAGUAUCUCUGUUAUCGAUGAUCGCAGCAUUGAGAACGUAUUCACUGGAUAAGUUAGAAUACAAAAGGGAGACCGAAGCCGGGAUCAGCAGUCUGGCUCAUUUCUUAUCAAAAGACACAAUCGAUAACUUCAACGUCAUCAUAAAACCGGUGGCAUAUCUAUCAAUGUUCUACUUCUUCAACAAUCCAAGAUCAAGCUUUGAAGAUAACUACGUUAUAUUGGCGUGCCUUGUUUACUGUGUCACUGGUAUGGCUUAUGUAUUAGCCAUUGCCUUUACACCUAGUCUGGCCCAACUGUGGGCAGCGCUUGUUCCUGUUGUUCUUACUCUAGUUGCCAACCAGGGAAAAGAUAGCAUGGUUCAGAGAUAUUUUGGAAAAUUUUGCUACACCAAAUGGGCUUUGGAAGCUUUUGUCAUUUCAAAUGCUGAAAGGUACUCUGGGGUUUGGCUACUAACUCGUUGCAAAUCGUUGGAAUCAGGGGGUUAUGAUCUCCAUGACUACUCUCUUUGUUUAAUCGUCCUUGUUGUAAAUGGCAUUAUCGCUCGCAUUGUAGCUUUCAUCAUACUUAUAACCAGAUGAGUUUGGAGAAGUUCAACCUUCUUUUUUUGU